AUGUCGGGUGUUUGGUUAUUCAAAAACGGAGUAGUUCGUUUGGUGGAGAACGAGUCGAAUCAAGGGUAUAUGCAAAAGAGAAAAGUGUUGGUUCACAUUUCGAGCGAUGAAGUGAUCACUUCAUACUCCGUUCUUGAGAAGAAAUUGACCUCUCUCGGAUGGGAACGCUAUUACGAUGAUCCAGACUUACUUCAGUUUCAUAAGAGCUCCACCGUUCACCUCAUCUCUCUUCCUGCAGAUUUUAGCCGUUUCAAGUCUAUGUACAUGUUUGAUAUAGUUGUCAAGAAUAAAAAUGUCUUCCAAGUAAGAGAUAUUGUAAUCAUGUAA